GCAGAUGCCGGGUCUGGCCAGCAUAUUCACCCUGAAAACCUCAGAGCCCAUAUUUGGCUACCUGGAGGCAAGCCAAAAGCACUUUGACUCAUCUCUCCAGCCGCAGCCCACAGUCUUGCCCCUUAAUGUUUUCACUUCCAAACCAGAUUUGGUUGGGUGUGUGUAUUUGGGGUUAGCGGGGGUGCGAGUUGUGUCUGCUGGUACGGGCCAGCCUCCUUACCUUUGCCUUCCUCCCCCCUGCUUACAGUAGCAUCGCUCUCCCACUGGCUGGCAGGGCCGUCCUCACCCAAGUGAACAUCUAUUGUGCCUCCACCCCCACCUCAGUUAUUCGGGGCAAGUGUGUUGGCGUGAGGGCUGCGGAGGGGAAAGAGGAGUUGUACCAGGGCUGAAAGGUGGGGUUUAUGGUGAGGAUUUCCGUUCGGUGCUCAGGUUUGAGCUGAAGCAUCUUCGGAUCCCGGGAGGAGAGAGAAGGCGGCGGCUGCAGGCCCCGCUGCUGAAGGCUCACCCCUGGGGAGGGAGAGAGGAGCAGCUCCGAGCCUGGGAGCUGGGGACGCAGAAGGACACAGAGAUAAGAUGGGUGGAAGAUGGAGAAACUGAGGCUCUGAGAGGUUAAGCACCUGCCCCAGGACACUCAGUAGGGAGCCAGCAGCUGCCAUGGCGUCGCGCAUCGGGCUGCGCAUGCAGCUCAUGCGGGAGCAGGCGCAGCAGGAGGAGCAGCGGGAGCGCAUGCAGCAGCAGGCCGUCAUGCAUUACAUGCAGCAGCAGCAGCAGCAGCAGCAGAUGGGGGGGCCGCCCACCUCAGCCAUCAACACCCCUAUCCACUUCCAGUCUCCACCGCCUGUGCCCGGGGAAGUGCUGAAGGUGCAGUCCUACCUGGAGAACCCCACUUCCUACCACCUGCAGCAGUCCCGAGACCAAAAGGUGCGGGAGUACCUGUCCGAGACCUACGGGAACAAGUUUGCUGCCCACAUCAGCCCUGCCCAGGGCUCCCCAAAGCCCCCACCUGCUGCCUCCCCAGGGGUGCGGGCAGGCCAUGUACUGCCUUCCUCUGCUGGUAACAGUGCUCCCAACAGCCCCAUGGCCAUGCUGCACAUCGGCUCCAACCCUGAGAAGGAGUUUGAUGAUGUCAUCGACAACAUCAUGCGUCUGGACGAUGUCCUGGGCUACAUCAAUCCUGAAAUUCAGAUGCCUAACACGCUGCCCCUGUCUAGCAGCCACCUCAACGUGUACAGCAGCGACCCCCAGGUCACACCAACCCUGGUGGGUGUCACCAGCAGCUCCUGUCCUGCUGACCUGACCCAGAAGCGAGAACUCACAGAUGCUGAGAGUCGGGCCCUGGCCAAGGAGCGGCAGAAGAAAGACAAUCACAACCUGAUUGAAAGGAGGAGGAGGUUCAACAUCAACGACCGCAUCAAGGAGUUGGGAAUGCUGAUCCCCAAGGCCAAUGACCUGGACGUACGCUGGAACAAGGGCACCAUCCUCAAGGCGUCCGUCGAUUACAUCCGGAGGAUGCAGAAGGACCUGCAGAAGUCCAGGGAGCUCGAGAACCACUCUCGGCGCCUCGAGAUGACCAACAAGCAGCUCUGGCUCCGCAUCCAGGAGCUGGAGAUGCAGGCGCGAGUGCACGGCCUUCCGACCACUUCUCCAUCGGGCAUGAACAUGGCUGAGCUGGCCCAGCAAGUGGUGAAGCAGGAGCUGCCCAACGAGGAGGGCCCGGGGGAGGCUCUGCUGCUGGGGGCUGAGGUCCCUGACCCUGAGCCACUCCCGGCUCUGCCCCCCCAGGCCCCACCGCCCCCGCCGGCCCAGCCGCCACCCCCACCUUCCCCAUUCCACCACCUGGACUUCAGCCACAGCCUGAGCUUUGGGGGUGGGGGCGAUGAGGGGCCCCCAGGCUACCCUGAACCCUUGGGGCCAGAGCAUGGCUCCCCGUUUCCUGGCCUGUCCAAAAAGGAUCUGGACCUCAUGCUCCUGGAUGACUCACUGCUACCAUUGGCCUCUGACCCCCUCUUCUCUACCAUGUCUCCUGAGGCUUCCAAGGCCAGCAGCCGCCGGAGCAGCUUCAGCAUGGAGGAGGGCGAUGUGCUGUGACCCUGGCUGCCCCCCGUGCUGGGGAACAGGGGCAAGCUUGGGGGCUGGGAGAGCCAGGGGACUUCCUCCCACCCUUCAAGGCUGCACUUGUGUGUGAAGUAGCCACCUGCCCUGCCUCACUCCUCCCUGUCGCCCCCGUUUGGACUUAGUGCCUGUCUGGCAGCCUGUGGGGUCAGGAGAAGCCCCCCGGCUCAGUGCCUCCUAGGCAGCCCUCUGGGAGGGGGUGGGCAGGAACAGGCCUUCAGUCUGGCUCCCGAAGGUGUGAGAUCAAGAGGGGAAGGGAGAGGACAGGGUGUGCUAGAGGUAAGAAGUAGUCCUGGGGGGUUCUAUCUUCUGGCUUGAUCCCCUUGACCCCCACAUGAAGGAGGAUGCAUUAGAGCAGCUCCUUUUCUGAAGCAGCAACUGGUCCAGGGGGUGCUCGGGUCUUCCUUUCUGGGACUCAGAUGGCAAUAAGCCUGCCCCCUAGCCUGGUACUACCCCCUCCCACAGGUGGGGCACCCCACCCCACUUUGGUGCUAACAGCUCUCCACCAGGUGGUGUGAGAAUGGGGUGGCUGGAAGAGAGGGAGGGGCUGGGUUCGGGGCAGAGUGUGGGGUCACUGCUGGAAGAGCAGCUCCCUCCAGGCUUCCCACUUUGUGCCUUUAGUAAACACUGUGCUUUGUA